AUGAUCGCAUGCUGCCCUGUGCCCCUAGAGCAGGAGCUCAUCGAGAGCAUCAGUCGCAAGCUGCACGUGCUCUGGGAAGCCCGGGAGAGCCUCCUGGAGGACAUCCAGGCCAACACCGUGCUUGGGGACGAGGUGGAGGCCAUCGCCAAAGACAUCUGCAAACCCAACGAGUUUGACAAGUUCCGGAUGUUCAUCGGGGACCUGGACAAAGUGGUGAACCUUCUGCUGUUGCUGUCAGGCCGCCUGGCCCGGGUGGAAAAUGCCCUCAAUAAUUUGGACUACAGUACUUCUCCUGGUGAUCGGCAGUCAUUGUUCGAGAAGAAGUGGGUCCUCAUCCAAGAGCAUGAAGUUGCCAAGGAACUGAAAGAGAACCUGGACCACCAGGAGUGCAUCGUGUUCGACAUCCUGGCCAGCUAUCUCAGUGAGGAGACCCUUGCAGACUAUGAGCACUUCAUGAAGAUGAAGUCAGCCCUCAUCAUCGAGCAGCAGGAGCUGGAAGAUAAAAUACACCUGGGUGAAGAGCAGCUGAAGUGCUUGUUUGACAGCCUGAAAGAGGCAAAUAAGAAGGCCCUCCCUGGCGGAGGCCGGAAAACCAGCCCUCCGAGCUGCAUUCCUGAGGAUGUGAGUGAAAACCCCACCCUGUAUUUAUAUCUUGUAGAGAGACUCCUCUGAUAGAGAAAUGUCUGUUAGAAGAGCAAUAACUUCCAUGUGUUUGGGAGGAUUUAUUUAAUUUUUCAGUUACCCUUCUGAAUGCAGAGCAGAGUGGCUCACCAUUAGCCGUUUUCCUUUCCAAGUAACCACUCGUGGCACUAGGCUCCAGUGGACGGCAGGUUUCUGCAGUAUAGACUAUCGGCUCCGGUCCUGUAGAGCAUGCAAGUGGUCAUUUUCAGUGGUAGGUCUGCCUUUCCUCCCGUUUUCACAUGCUUGAACCAGCCACUCAGGAAGCAAUCAAGUGAGUCUUGUAGGUGCAUGAGGGGGAAACCCUGGCGCACGUCUUUUGUGAUCUGCCAAUGGCAUAGGCCACCAUGUUUUAUCCCUGUCUGUCCAGAAGUGUGGAGCAUUCAUUAUCUGUAUCGUAUAGUGAUGUUCUCUGACUUAGUAGAAAUCAUGAUGAUGAAGAUAAUUUAUUCACAUUUUGGAAAGGUGAAUAGUCUCUAAAAGGCUAAAAACCAACUGUGAAAUGAAUAACCUGUGGGUUUGGUUCAUUCAUUUUGAAAUUGGCACUUAAAGGAAUAGUAUGCAUGGUUUAAAACACUCACACACAAAGCAAACAGAGGUUUACUCCUUCUCACUUGACAUCACGGGUCAGAUGUUUUCCUCAAAGUGAAAUUACAUGGGUAAACCCAUGUCAAGUAUUAGUGUGCUUGCUAGACAUUUGUUUCACGAGACCAAUAUCUCUCUUAAAUUACUUCUUCCCCAGAACAUGUAUUUUGUGUGUGUCGUCAUUAAUGAUAAUUGGCUGCUUUCCUCUCUUUUUUGCUUCUUUAAAUCUGUUGCCAUGCCACAAGGGCCACAUUCCGUUUACUGUAAAAACCCUUGCUCUCGUUUUUCAGAGGUCCUGUGGACUGUGUAACUUGUAAACUUGACCUUUUUGUACCACAGAGUUUCUAUGCUCUUUUUACUAGUUGAAAUUGUGAGAUUAUAAAGAGAGUCUAUUUACUAAAAAAAAUUGUCAUGCUGUCAAUUUCCAGUGGACGGGGAGAAAAUAUUUGCAAAUCAUGUAUAUGAAAAGGAUUUGUAUCCAGAAUGUACAAAGAAGUCUCAAAACUCAGCAGUAAGAAAACACACAUCCCAAUUAAAACAAGGGUGAAAGACUUAGCCACUUCACCAAAGAGAAUAUAUGCAUGGCAAGUAAGCACAUGAAAAGAUUUUCAACCAGUGACAGCUGGGUUAUGACUGACUGAUUUUGAUCUAAUCAUUGUAGAGCCAGUGUCUCUCUUUACAAAUGCUCAUCUGAUUAAAUGCGUGCUUAAUGGCUCGAGAGCCCCUCAGAUGAUGCCACGUUGAGGUAAUAUUCGGACAGUUGUUUCAUCGAGGGAUCAUUUUAAUCUUCAUUCCUUCUUAUUCCCAUAAAAGAAGUUUUCCAACAGGUGGGGAGACAUCCUUUGUCAGCAGUGACCGCUGUCUUACUAGAAUGCAUAUGCACACACAAAUGUCUUAAAGGACAGGAGCCAGAGCUUGCAUGAGCCCGAGGGGUGAGCUGGACUCCUGAGCCGCAGUGUUGACGUAAGUGCACUGCGCAGUGCAGUCCACACUUGUGGGCUUCAGUGAGGCUGGCAGUAAAUGCUCUUUUUGGCAGCCCAUCCACGCCAAAAAGAUAAAUGGCUUUUCAAAAAGUUUUUAUUCCUAUGAAAUUAAGCUAUUUUUGACUUAAAAAUCCCUGUCUGCCCAUGAAGUAUCCUUCUCCUUUCCACCGGGUGUGGUCACUUACUAUGAGGACUGGUCGCAUCAGAAGAGGUGGAGCUGGCUGUCCACAGACCUCCGUCUUUCUCCCUUGGGGAGACAACCACAGUAAUUUCAGUGGACUUUGUUUUUAAUUUAGACAAAGCUUUUAUCUGUGAUUCUUUCCCCUCAAAUACAAUAUUGUGAUCAUUUUGAUGAUGUGUAUGUAAAAUGUGAAUAAUAGAGUUUAUGUGUCUGUCCCCAGCCUUUAGAUGUCUUUCCCGCAUAUGUACCAAUGUAGAGUGCUAGUCUCCUUUUCCAAAGCACCUGUAAUCACCUCUGUCUCUCUGUUGCCACAUUUGCACCUUAAAUGUCUCGUUAGCUGGACACAAAGAUUCCAGUGAGUUGAUGUUCAUAACUUUGUAUAUAGUUAUAUUAUUGCAUAUAAAAGCAAUCUGGUGCUCAUGUUUGCCCUUGGCAUUCAGCUGGUGGCUCAUUCCUCAC